AUGGAUGACAUCGACAAAGAAGCUGCUGCGACAUCUGUGGAAAAUAAUGAUGAAGUUGGACACUUCCUUCAGGCAGAUGAGAGUAAAAAUCCACUUACUUCGGAACAUGGUCGCGAGAAAUGGGGUAACAAUAUUGAGUUCUUAUUUUCCUGCAUAGCCCUGUCGGUGGGUUUGGGAAAUGUGUGGCGUUUUCCCUUCAUUGCCUUGGAAAAUGGUGGUGGAGCCUUUGUUAUACCCUACAUAAUUGUGCUGCUAUUAAUUGGCAGACCCAUCUAUUAUUUGGAAAUUAUAAUUGGACAAUUUUCUAGCAGAAGUUGUAUUCGAGCAUUCGAUAUGGUUCCCGCAAUGAGAGGCGUUGCUUAUGGACAAGUUUUUGCCACGACAAUGGGCACCACCUACUAUGCCUGCAUUAUGGCCUUGACUCUGAAAUAUUUGUUCUCUUCGUUUGCCAACAAACUUCCAUGGACUUAUUGCCGACCCGAAUGGUCUUCAUUUUGUUUUUCGGCAUCAGAGAAUGCCACCGUGGGAAAUAAUCAAACCAAGCGAUUUUCUUCAGCUGAAUUAUUUUUCUCGAAAGAAGUUUUACGUGAAACGGAUUCUCUGGAAGAUGGCUUGGGCGCACCUGGCUGGGAUUUAGUGUUUUGUUUGUUCGUGGCAUGGCUUAUAAUUGGUAUAAUUUUAUGCAAAGGUAUACGAAGUUCCGGUAAAGCAUCAUACUUUUUGGCCCUAUUCCCAUAUGCUGUCAUGUUUGUCUUGCUUGCACGCGCCUUAACAUUGCCGGGUUCUUGGGAUGGUAUUGUAUUCUUUUUGAAACCUCAAUGGAAGGAGCUGUUAAAUCCAAAGGUUUGGUAUAAUGCCAUAACGCAAAUGUUUUUCUCCUUGGCCAUUUGUUUUGGUACCCUUAUAAUGUAUGCCUCAUUUAACGAUUUUCGGAAAAAUGUGCACCGAGACGUUAUGAUUAUAACAAGCAUCGAUUCGCUAACCUCUCUACUAUCGGGUUGUAUUAUUUUCGGAAUACUUGGUAACUUGGCCUAUGAAUCACAAACGACAGAUAUCGGCAGUGUUGUAAAGGGUGGCGCUGGUUUGGCUUUCAUCUCAUAUCCAGAGGCCAUAGCGAAAUUUAAAUAUCUGCCUCAAUUGUUUGCAGUUCUAUUCUUUUUCAUGCUCCUCGUAUUGGGUGUGGGUAGUAAUGUCGGUAUGGUGUCGUGUGUAAUGACCGUGAUUAAAGAUCGUUUUCCCAAUAUUCCACAUUGGAAAGUGGCGGCUAUAUUAUCAAUGUUAGGAUUUUUGUGCGGCAUAAUUUACAUAACUCCGGCCGGACAAUAUAUUUUGAAUUUAGUCGAUUUCUUUGGUUGUUCAUUUAUUGCUUUAGUUUUGGCAAUUGCGGAAUUAAUUUCAUUUGCAUGGAUAUAUGGUACCAAACGCCUUUGCGAGGAUAUUGAAUUUAUGUUGGGCAUUAAAACCGGUUACUAUUGGAGAAUUUGUUGGACUUUCGUUACACCGGGCCUUAUGAUGGGUGUUUUAUUAUAUUCGCUGAUAAAUUAUACUCCAUUGACGUACAAAGGUGAAACAUAUCCAAUGAUUUAUUAUGCUUUAGGGUGGUUGCUGUGGGCGGUAGGUGUAGGCCAAGUUCCAAUUUGGUUUUUAUAUGAAUAUCGUAAACAACCUGGAGACAGUUUUAGAACACGAUUCAAAAAUGCCUUACGACCAUCUUCCAAAUGGGGUCCAUUGAACAAGAACAUGGAUUACGAUUACGAUAGCCAACAAGUGCAUUUAUGGCAAUCAAAUGUUCAAAAUCUAACCAAAUCUUCUGACCAAAUGACCGUAUAUGACGACAAAGACAACAACAAUAACAACAUCAGCGACCACAACGACGAUAUCUAUCCUCAAACGACAAACAUUAGGUGUGCUUUGAAUGGUGGUUGCGCAUUGCCUGAUUAUAUGUUAAUGGUCAUUUAA